AAAAGGCUCAAAAUUCAAAACCGACAGAAUUAAGAUCACUGUGUAUGUUGUGUGAAGGCUCGGCUAAAAUCAAGAUUGUUGAGCACAGAUUUUAACAUACCAAGAAAUCAUGAAGGCACAACGAGGGAAAACCCCCAAGAAGAGAAAUAAGCCGAGCGUUGGUGAGACAGAUCCUGUUGAGGUGUACUGUCGGAUUCGCCCUCUGUCAAAUCCCAAUGACGAUGUGUGCGUGUUCCCGCUCAGUCAGAAGGUGGUCAAGCUCACGCCAUCAGAGACGGAGUACACCUUCCAGCAUGUGUUUGACGAGAGUGCAUCACAGAAGGCUGUCUUUGACUUUGUUGCUCUUCCCCUGGUGGAGGACCUGCUACAUGGAAAAAAUGGUCUCCUAUUCACGUAUGGCAUCACUGGCUCUGGUAAGACGUACACCAUGACCGGUCAGCCCCAGGACCAAGGCAUUCUCCCACGCUGCCUGGAUGUUGUCUUCAAUAGCAUUGCGGACAAACAAGCGAGGAAAUAUAUGUUUGUACCAGACAAGAUGAACGGGUUUGAGGUUCAGUCGGCUGUGGAUGCCAUGGAGGAGCGCCAGAAGAGGGACAUCUUACCUCACAUGCAUACCCCCAAAACCCCGGGCAGGGGAAACAGACCGGCACACUCUGAGUUUGCCGACCAGCAGAGGAAGCGUGACCCGUCAAAGGUUGAAGACCUGGAGGAGGACUGUCUGUACAGUGUGUUUGUGUCCUACGUGGAGCUCUACAACAACAGCAUCUACGACCUGCUGGAGGAGCUGCCCUAUGAUCACAUCACUGGAUACAAACCCCCUCAGACCAAGAUCUUGCGUGAAGAUGCCAACAAAAACAUGUUUGUGUUUAACUGUACAGAGGUCGAGGUCCGCAGCCCAGAGGAAGCCUUUGAGGUUCUCUACAAAGGACAAAAGAGACGUAAGGUCGCGCACACUGCCCUGAACGCAGAGUCUAGUCGCAGUCACAGCGUGUUCAACAUCCGCCUGGUUCAGGGGCCGUCUACAGAUGGAGAGGAGAUCUCACAGGUUUGUCUUUACCUCAGUCAGCGCCGGAGAGCUGCGGAUUCUAUCCUGACCUUCGACAGCGAAUGAACCUGGGCAAAGAUUUCCAUCAGUCAGCUUUCCCUGGUGGAUCUGGCUGGCAGCGAGAGACUGAAGAGAACCAACAACACUGGUGACCUCCUCAAACAAGCAGGGAGUAUCAACCAGACACUGAUGGUGCUGAGAAGUUGUAUAGAGAUGCUGAGAGAGAAUCAGAAGUCUGGCUCUGCACUCCUACAGAAGAAGGUGCCUUACCGUGAAGCCAAGCUAACACACCUGUUCAAGAAUUACUUUGACCAGGAAGGGAAGGUCCGAAUGAUCGUCUGUGUCAACCCAAAGGCAGAGGAGUACGAUGAAACGAUUCAUGUGAUGCGAUUCGCUGAGCUGACACAGGAAGUGCAAGUCACACGACAGAGCCAUGUGAACUUCAUUGAUAUUGGACAGACGCCAACACGUAAGGAAAUUGAUCUGCCGUCGCUGCACCUGCCUCCCGUGCUGGAAUAUGACCUAGGUCCACCCUUCCCGCCAUUACAGCUUAUUGACUUUGCCGACACUAAAACGUUACCUUGCUUGAUCGCUUACCUGAGUGAGAGGCAGAAGAAACGAGCCAAGCUGAUGGCAGAUCACCAGUACAGACAGGACCAGUUCCGGCUGUUACUGGUUGACCUUGAGAAAGAGAACAUGGGCUUGAAAUCCAAGGUCAGUCAGAUGGAGAGUUUGGUGGAUGACCUCAACGGGGACAAGAAAAACCUGGAGCGAAAAGUCCGCUAUCUGGAGAAAGAGGCACACGAUCUGCGGAGUCAUGGCUCGGAUCUGAAGCGGCGCAGACAAGAGCUUGAGAGUCAGAUUCUCACCCAGGAUCAGAAAUUACAAAGAGAAAAAUCUGAGAGAGAGAGAUUGAAACAGGACUUCAUGAGCAAGCUGGAGAUUAACAAUUACAAGUGGUCCAAAAAUUUGGAAGAGGAACGGAAACGUAUGGAGUCAGAAUUUGGUAACAAAAUCCUUGCCAAGGAGAGGAAGUUAGACAUGCUCAAGGACAUUGUAAAUGACGGUGAUGCUGCCACGCCCAUCCCUACCCCGAGGGUCUCACACACCGUCAAACAAAGGACAUUCACGACACCUGCCACCAUCAAUGGACGCACUGCCACAACCCCACGCCGCCCCAUGACACGCUCAGCAACCACCAUGCAGUCGGCCAAAUCCAUGCAGGGUUUGAAUAAAAUCGGAGCUCCAAGCACCCCAUUACACAAAACCCCUAUUUAUAACAGAAGGAGACGAUCAAAGUCCACAGGUGGUGACAUUUGGUUGGACCACAAGCCAGCGGGGCACGCUGAAACAGACACUGUACUGCAGCCCGUGAUGAAGAAGAAGCGGUCUGUGACGAACCUCAAGGUCAAGGACACACGUGACGUGACAAAGUACUGCCUGACAACACAAGAACAGUGUUCUGAUGGGGAGAUCGCCACCAAGCUGGUCAAGGGUGAUGUGUUGCCGACAGCUGGAGGGGGAACAGCCGUUGUCUUCAAAGACAUAGAGACCCUGAAACAGACCUCACCGGGGGACAGGAAGCGACCAUAUGUAACACAGAGCCCUGCUGACUUUGACGGAGACUGGACUGAUGUAGAAACACGAUGUUCAGUGGCGUUAGAUGGACACAAUUUGAAAAGAACAAAGCAGUCUAAUAUUUGAAAUGAGUCCAGUCAAAGAAAAUCUACACAGUGGAAGAAAGACUUUUUUUAUAAAGAAGUCAUUUCCAAAAUCAUGGGUUACCAUGGAAUUGUUUGGAGUGUAAUCCAAUCACGAACUUUGAGCACACAUAUGUUGUUUUAUCUUAAAUAUAUCAGUGCAGGUGUUUGCUGAAAAAGAAUGAAAAGUUUUAGCAAUACAUGUUCUUAGAGAGCCACCAGCAAACACGUGUUCACAUUUAAUCUCAGUGAUAGGUACUGAUUAUGUCGGAAGGUUGAUUUUCUGCCGUUAUGAAAUCAAUGGAAAUUUCAAUGAUUUUAUCCUCAAAAGCAACUUUUCAGCAUUUUCAUGAGCAUAUUUUUUUUAUUUUUAGCACACACCAAUUAAGAUAUUAUCUUUUUGUAUUCGCAGGACAGCGGUAAAUUCCUCCCCAGUAUGCUGUAACUGAUUAUGUCGUUGCUGUGUAAAUUUGUCUGUGUACAUGUAUCUACCAUACUUUCCACUUUUUAUCAUUCACACAGACUGAUCAACUUUCACUUUCCACUGUUUAUUAUUUACACAACUUGAUCAACUUUCACUUUCCACUGUUUAUCAUUCACACAGCUUGAUCAACUUUCACUUUCCACUGUUUAUCAUUCACACAGCUUGAUCAACUUUCACGUAAACUUAUCAACAUUCAUACUGGAUCAUUAUUCAAUCAGUGUGAUCAAUUUUACGAAACAGGUUCACCAUUCACACAUGAUCAUGUUUCUCACAACAUGCAUAUAGCUGUCAUAACACUUACAUUCUGAAAAUGAGUGGCUUUUUCCAGAAGAACUUAUUUUUCUUCUAAAAUCUCACCAAGAAGGACAAUAGUUUUAUGCUUUAUUCGGGCAUUUUUCAUUGUUCAUUUCUUGUCAAUAAAAUUUUCCUUUUCAUUUUAAUUUAAUAAAAUUAACACUUU